UGAGUCUGUUACUUCAUAGUCACACCAGUUUGAUUUAAAAACGCAAGCGCCAGAGCAAUCACUUGCCUCAUUCUUCUAUCAGCCUUCAAGCUGGAUUCAAGUCAUAUGCUAAGGCAUUUCGUUUCACAUGAAACAAGGCUGCCCUUCAGUUUUUGCGUCAGUAUAGACGUUUGUUACUUUACGAUGCAGAAAAAUUCUCGCCCGUUUAAAAACGCCGGAUUGCAUUUGCUCAUCCUUGCAUUUAUCAGUGUUUGUUUUAGUCGUGUCAACAGUGCUCCUCGUUGCACAGCUUGUAACUUCAAUGCCGAUUGUCCCACUCCUCAGAACUGUGUUUAUGGAAUAGUGAAAGAUUACUGUGGCCGGGAUAUUUGCGCAAAAGGGCCAGGGCAUCGUUGUGGAGGAAAAUGGAAUAGUCUUGGGAUUUGUGGAGAAGGCCUAUUUUGUUCAUGUAAUAGGUGUGGAGGUUGUUCAUUGAAUACAAUAGAGUGCUUUAACCUAACGUGCAUAUAAAAAUAAAUGGUAAUUGAAUGGUCA